CUCGUCGUCCCGCCUCCAUCUUCCUCUUCCAAUCCUCAAUCCAACACAGUCCUCCCCACCAAAACAACAACCUUCACCGCUGUCAAUUCAAAAGCUCAAUUAUAUUUACAUAAGGGAUAUUUGAAUGAUAUCCCCAAUUUAUUAGCUGCUAAGCUGUGUUUCUUCACGUUGCGUCUAUGAGUGCGCGCCCGUCAGUCUUCACUUCGCAGGAUUACAUUUCAGAUCACAUCUGGAAAGCUUCAGUAAAUUGACGAAUCGUCGAUCAACCAUAUAACACCACUUUUACAAACAACAAAACUUCCACUACGACAUGCUUGCUCGCUUUUCCAAGCAGGCCCUGAGGGGCGCGGGAAUCGCGCUCAAUGGCCGCUUGGUUUCGCAGCAGGCUAGGUUCCUGGCCACUGUCGAGCCGACCGUUGGCAGGACCAUGCCUGUGACCAGGCCAAGGGCCACUCCGAUUGCCCAUGAUCGGGCUACGUUCACUAUCAGGGACGGCCCAGUCUUUCACGGCAAAUCCUUCGGAGCCAAGUCCAACAUCUCCGGCGAGGCCGUCUUCACGACCUCCCUCGUCGGCUACCCGGAGUCCAUGACGGACCCCUCCUACCGCGGCCAGAUCCUCGUCUUCACCCAACCCCUCAUCGGGAACUACGGCGUCCCCUCCAACCAACGUGACGAGUACGGACUCCUCAAGUACUUCGAGUCCCCCAACAUCCAGUGCGUCGGCGUCGUCGUCGCCGACUACGCCCUCCAAUACAGCCACUGGACAGCCGUUGAAUCCCUCUCCGCCUGGUGCGCCCGCGAAGGCGUCCCCGCCAUCUCCGGCGUUGACACCCGCGCCAUCGUCACCUACCUCCGCGAGCGCGGCUCCUCCCUCGCCCGCAUCACCAUCGGCGAGGAAUACGACGCCGACCAAGACGAGGCCUUCGUGGAUCCCGAGCAAAUCAACCUCGUCAAGCGCGUCUCCACCAAGGCCCCCUUCCACGUCCCCUCCCCUAAGGGCGACAUGCACGUCGCAGUCAUCGAUUGCGGAGUCAAGGAGAACAUCCUCCGCUCCCUCGUCUCCCGCGGCGCAUCCGUCACGGUGUUCCCCUUCGAUUUCCCAAUCCACAAGGUCGCGCACCACUUCGACGGUGUUUUCAUCUCGAACGGCCCCGGUGACCCAACUCACUGCGCUGAUACCGUAUACCACCUCCAGCGCCUUAUGGAGACCUCCCAAGUCCCCGUCUUCGGCAUCUGUCUCGGCCACCAGCUCCUCGCUCUCGCAGCCGGCGGACGCACAAUCAAGCUCAAAUACGGGAACCGCGCCCACAACAUCCCCGCUUUGGACCGCACCACCGGGCAAUGCCACAUCACAUCCCAGAACCACGGGUACGCCGUCGACACCUCUACUCUCCCGGACUACUUCAAGGAGUACUUCGUCAACCUGAACGACGGCUCCAAUGAGGGGAUGAUCCACACCAGCCGCCCGAUUUUCAGCACACAGUUCCACCCGGAAGCCAAGGGAGGACCGAUGGAUAGCAGCUACUUGUUUGAUAUGUACCUUGAUAACGUCCGUCGCUACAAGGACGGGAAGAAGGUCGUUGGUGCGGUGGUGGAGGAGAGGAUUAGCCCCCUCCUUGUGGAUAUCUUGGCGAAGGAGCGCGUGGGUGUUGAGCCGGCGCAGGAGGCUGCUGCUGCUGCGGCGGCGGCGGCUUAGAGAGUGGGAUGGGAUUGAGAUGGUUAGGGUGGGGGGAUAGGAGUAUUACGUUGCUUUUUGCUGUGCUUGAUUGAUUGAGUGCUUUUGGGACGCGUUUGGGGGGAUUGAAGAUCAAUUACCGCAAUUUACGCUUUUUUUUUGAACUUG